AUGGGAAAAGCUACAAGGUGGUUAAGAGGCCUGUUGGGAAUGAAGAAAGACAAGGAAAAUGUUGAGAAUAAUUCAAAUUAUGCUGAAAAAAGGGAUAAAAAAAGAUGGAGUUUUGGAAAAUCAGGGAAGGAAUCAGGGGGGUUGAGUCAGAUUCCGGUGACUAACUCGGGCUGGACGAGAUCUUUCAUUGCUGAGAAUCAGAACGAGCGUGCAAUUGCGGUGGCUGCCGCCACAGCUGCGGCUGCGGAUGCUGCUGUUGCCGCCGCACAGGCUGCUGCUGUUGUUGUGAGACUCACAAGCCAAAGCAGAGGAGGUUUGUUCAAUGGUGGCAGGGAGAGGUGGGCUGCCAUCAAGAUUCAGUCUGUUUUUAGAGGUUAUUUGUCCCGAAAAGCUCUAAAGGCGCUAAAAGGAUUGGUGAAAUUACAGGCUCUUUUUAGAGGCUACAUUGUACGAAAGCGUACUGCUGCAACUCUACACAGUAUGCAAGCUCUCGUUAGAGCUCAGGCAGCUGUCCGGUUCCAAAGGGCUCGUCGUUCGACCAACACCAACUACAGAUUUCAUCCAGAGAAUCGAGCUAGAAACUCAACUGAAAGAUUUGAUGAAACACGAAGCGAAUUUCAUAGCAAGAGGCUCUCAGCUUCAUACAAUGACAGCCCAAAGAUAGUAGAGAUAGACACGUACAAGCCCAAGGCGAGGUCUCGAAGGAUCUACACUUGCACAUCAGAAUAUCGUGACGACCAAUAUUACCAAGAAUAUUCAUCUCCUCUUCCAGGUCCAAUCCCGGCUCGUCUAUCCAUCCCCAAUUGCCGUCACCCCCAAGAUUUCGACCAUUUCUUCUUUGGAGAGGACUGUAAAUUGGCUACUGCACAGAGCACUCCCCGGUUCACGAGUUCUCGACCAUCCAAUGCCCCAGUUACACCUGCUAAGAGUGUAUGUGGGGAUAGCUUCUUUAGGCCAUACUCAAACUGUCCAAAUUAUAUGGCAAAUACUCAGUCAUUUAAGGCAAAGCUGAGGUCUCUCAGUGCUCCAAAACAAAGGCCAGAAACGGGGCUGAAAAGGAGGCUUUCAUUGAAUGAAAUAAUGGCAUCAAGAUCAAGUUUUAGCGGUGUUCGAAUGCAGCAGCCAUGUACUAAAGUUCAAGGAGAUUUUGGUUUCUAA